AUGGAGGAGCUAGCCUCAGUGACGCCAGCCUCCAAGCGUAUUGUGCGCAGCACCAAGCACGACUAUCAGGGCAGUGAGCUGGCGAGCUGGAAGUGCACAGAGUUCCUGUACAAGAAGGACCCGUGUCCCCUGCCAACGCAGGCGCGCGGCCUAUUCACCACCGGCACUGACAACAAGACAAUUGUUGCGCGCGGGUACAACAAGUUCUUCAAUGUGGGUGAAGUGAAACAGACAAAGUGGGGGUGGAUCGAGGCGAACACGCGCGGACCGUACGAGCUGACGGUCAAGGAGAACGGGUGCCUGAACCUUGCCGCCGGGCUUAACGACGGCAAAAGCCUGCUGGUAACAAGCAAGCAUUCGGUCAACGUCCCGCAUGCUGAAGUUGGCAUGCAGUGGAUGCACCGGCAUCUGGAGCGGGCCAACCGGACGCCUGAGGAAUUCGCAGCGUUCCUGGCCGAGAACAACGCGACCGCGGUGUUUGAGCUGUGCGACGAUUCGUUCGAGGAGCAUAUCCUCGAGUACCCCGAGCGGAUGCGCGGGCUGUAUUUGCACGGGAUCAACCGCAACUCUGUUGACCUGUGGACGUGGCCCAGCGAGGAGGUGACCAGGGUAGCCAGGGAGUUUGGGUUUAUGGAGACAAAGUAUUUUGUAUUCGACACUAUCGGGGAGGCCCGCGCCAUGGCUGACAAGGUGCGCAACGACCGGGUGCUGGAUGGCCGGGCCAUCGAGGGAUUCGUUGUGCGGUGCAGGAUGCAUGACAGCGAGCGUCCGUUUAUGUUCAAGAUAAAGUACGACGAGCCAUAUCUGAUGUUUCGUGAGUGGCGCGAGAUCACCAACCGCAUACUGCAUGACAAGCCGUACCGCACCUCAUAUGCCCUAAGCAAGCUCUAUGCGGCGUGGGUCAAAAAUCAGAUCAAGGAGCAUCCGGAGCAGUUUGAGAGCUUUGGCAAGCAGCAGGGCAUCAUUGCUGCGCGCACACGCUUCCUCGAGGCUCACCGCAGAUCCGGUGGCUCCGACGCCGAUGUGUUUGAGGCUGUGGGCGGCCGAAAGUCUGUGCUUCUGGUGCCCGUGGCCACUAUCGGCUGCGGCAAGACUACGGUGUCGCUGGCGCUAUCCAGGCUGUUCGGAUUCGGUCACGUGCAGAACGACAACAUCACUGCCAAGAAAAACGCGCGGGGCGCCUUCCAUCGCGCAAUCCUGAACGAGUUUGACAGCCAUGACUUUGUGGUGGCCGACCGCAACAACCACAUGCCGGUGCUGCGCCAGUCGCUGACCGAGGCCAUUCGCGAGGAGCUGCCCAACUGCCGGAUCGUGGCCAUGCAGUGGAGCCAUGAGGAUGCUCCAGCCGACAGGAUUCUGCAAAACACAUCCAACCGCGUCAUUGCGCGUGGCGAGGGGCACCAGUCGCUGACGCCCAAGGGUACGCCGCAGUUCCGCAGCAUCAUGCGAAAUUUCGUGCGCGAGUUCCGACCCAUUGAUGCUGAUUCUGAGGCGGACGGACUGAUUGAGCACGUCAUUGAGCUGGAUCCGAUGGCUGACUCAAGCACAAAUUUGCGCGCAGUCAUCGACACCAUGUGUGAGAUGUUCCCGGAGAUGCUGCAGAGGCCGAGCGAGGAUGAAAUCGACGCGGCGCUGAACGAGGCUCUCACG